GGCGGAGCUCUCAUCAGCUCAUCGAAUCAGGAAUCGAGUUAGUUAAAUUUAAAACUGUACCGCCCCGCCGUAGUGUUUAGUUAUUGGGCGAAAAUGAUUUGUGUAGUUUGUAAAUAAACGUUUCAAUUACAAUAAGACACCAUCGAUAAACAGGAUCAGUUUUAUUUUUACAACAAGCACGCAAUCCGUCUCUUCGUGAUAUAUUAGUACGACUAGAUACGUUACGGUAGAUCUUUGAAAGUGGGUUUAAACUUUAAUAUUUUCGGAAGACGAAACUGGUGUUGUCUAUAUCUAUUCACUUGCACGGCACCUCCUCACUUCAUAUUUUACGGCACUGAAUUUAUGAUGAUCAGCAGAUACAUACUGUAUAUAUCCAACGCAGGCACGGACAGAAUAACUCAAAUAUGUCACUAAUAACAGAAGAAACCUUUGAUUUUGGAGUGGAUUCACCUUCAGACAGCCUGGAGGUCAGUUUGGAAGAGGAGGAUGAGGUCUUCAUUGGGCCUGUGAAACACAUUGAGAGGUGUGUGGCCAAGAGCAUUGACCUGAACGUUCAGAAGAGCGGGGAGAGCCAGAGGAGGAGGAGAAGCAAACGGGGCCUGUGGAGCUGGAGCCCCCUGAACGCAGAUAAACUGGAGGAGAUCUCCAGGGAGGCCAACCGACUGGCCAUGCAGCUGGAGAAGAGCAGCCUGAAAGAGAACACAGGGCUUGGGGGCAGGAACACACCGUCAGGGGAGGCCAGAGCCAAACUCAGGGUGCUGAAGGACGAACAGGAGCACAGGAAACCCCCCCGGAGCCCAAGACGGGAGACAUACCUGGUGAAAAACAGCCCUGUGAAGUCGCUGCUUCCCUGUGUGGACACAGAGAGUGUGUGUGUCUCCCCGCUGGCAUGGGCAUACUGCGAGGAUGUCCACAUGGCUGGCAGCACUGCCCUCGUCCAGCCCAGGCCGUGCAGUAGAGGUGAAUCGCUGGAAAAGCUCAGUAAGAGAACGGCCACUCCCAGCUCCCCGGCAUCUAACAGACUGGCACAGGAUUCCAAGACAGCCGCUGGUAAGACUGCUUGUUCAUCAGCUACUAGCAAACUGUCAAAGUGCGAGAAAAUCACACCAAGCAAGUGCCCAUGCUCACCCACACCUGGCAAACUGCAGAGAGACCAUUCUUUGACACCAAGCAAAAGUGCCUCCUCUCCAGCAUCUAGAAAACUGGCAAGUAUCGACACACCAACACUGAGCAAAAGUGCCUCCUCCCCAGCAUCUAGAAAACUGCCACUAAGCAGGAAUGUGCGCUCACCCACAUCUCAAAAACUGCCAAGGGAGGACAAACCCGUGCCACGCAAGAUGCCAUCCUCCCAGCCGUCUCGCCAAUUGCCAAAAGAGGAGAAAAUGACACGAAGCAAAUCUGUUUGCUCACCAGUAUCCAGCAGAUCACAGAGUGGUAAAAAGACAACCCCAGGGAAGGCAUCCUGCUCACUGACUCAGAGAAAGGAAGAACUUCAGAGUGGCUCCAUCGUUAAGCAAAAAGAAAACACUUCUGUAGCCUCUUCCAUCUCCGCCCAUCAGAAUCUGAACUCAUCGCUAACUGGAAAACCUGGGGCCGCCCGAAUCACCUUAAACUCAGAGAAAUCAAACACAUUCAGAGAGAGAACAGGCAUCCCUGCGCCGGUCAGCAGGCUGCCAACUCUGAAACCCUCAGCAAAGUCAGGGGGUACAAGCCAACUGCAGCCCUCCAGCGACGGAGCUCCUUCUGGGAACGGAUUAGCAAGACCAGGGUCCUUGUCACAACCCAAGGGUGGGCUCAAAGCUCCUUCAGCUAGACAGUCUAAUCUUCCUACGUAUGCAAAUCGAAGCAGGCUGCUCCCACCUAAGGCGGCGGCACAAGCAACUGAACGGGUAUACGAGGCAGAUUCAGUGCUUUCUUACAGCCAGAGAAACACUACAGCACUCAGGGUCAGGAACGUACAGAGCAAAGAGCAGACAGCCAAGCUCACUUUAGAUUUCCCAAACCCAAGACCAGGAGCAGUCUUUGCAUGACAUGCAUGCACAGCAGUUGAUUUGCCCUUCAGGAUUUACAGCGUACUUCAAGGCUUACUGGAAAAUCCCGCAAUAUACAGGGUGACAAAGAACUGCAAAAUCCGCUGUGGCCUCUAGAUGUCACUCUUGCUCUAUGUAAUCAUCAUCUGUACAGAUGGCUGCAGCUACACAGUAUAUUGCAAGAUAUUUCAGAUCUACUAACAGUUCAACUACAAUGAAUAGGAUAAGGAAUAUUUUAAAGCCUUGUCACUUCACCCUUAAUUCAUCCAACCAUAUGCAGCUCCUGAUAACUAUACAAAGACAUAUUUUCUUUACUUUUAAUGUAGUUUACCUGGAAUUCUGGAAUUUUAAAUAGCCGCUUUUGGAUGUUCCCUUACAAGAAUGGCCAGUGGCUUUUUGUUGUCACAUAUAGAGUAGGACUUGGAAAAUGCAACAGAAGUAUAAAAGAGGCAGAGAAAUGACACCCAGCCUGUGAAAUAACACGUGUAAAUAACCAUACCUGCAAACUCACCCAUUGAUAGACAAAGAAUUUCACAUCUCCUUCCUCUAACAUACAUAAGCGUUGAGAACGUUCAUUUUAAUUGUGUAAAGGUAUGCUUUUGUUUUUGUGUAAUGUUUGUUUUUCUCAUCCAUAACUUUCAUCACUUAUUCAAAAGGUGUGUGAUAGUAAAUAAAAAUAAAACCGCUUCAACCUUUAUCCAAGUUUUUAUAGGACGUCAAUGUAUCUUUUUAGUACUUUGUAGUUGUUUGUUACUAUUGCAAAGCCACUGUAUAACUUUUUGUAAUGGAAAUGUGUUAACCAGUCAUAUGCUGUCCUAAGUAAAUGUUUUAUUUUUUACUAAA